AUGGCUACAAAGGAGACGUUUGAUGAACAUUACCUACAAGAACAUGGUGACAUGAUCGGCUUCUCUGUGGGUGCCCCAGGACCUUCUACCAUGAAGGGGUGUCGAGAAAUUGUGAUCCAAUCUACAAACUUGGCAAUGAGAGACCCAAAACGUGAACAUCUGAUUUUUCAAUAUGGACCACAACAGGGAGAUCCUGAUUUUCGAAGAGAACUUGCAGCGUUCUUAUCCAAGGAAUACGAUGACCAUGUUGAAAGCGACAACCUAAUGGUGACCGCUGGAGCCACCCAUGGCCUCCAUGUCGUCGCUAGUACACUCUUCGGAGAGGGCAUGCCUGUCUUUGUGGAAGAUCCAACAUUUUUCUUAGCCUUUAAAAUUUUGGGGAGCGAUCUUGGCAAAACGAUCAUACCAGUACCAACUGGCGAGAAUGGUGUGGACUUGAAUCGACUUGAGAAAUUAUUUGAAGAAAACCGCAAAAAAGCUGGCGACAAGUCAACAUGGAAGAGUCCGUUCUGGACUAUGUUAUACACAAUGACAGUGUACAGCAACCCUAAAGGAAUUUGUUCCUCGUCAGAACAUUGCAGGAAUCUGGUAGAACUAGCCAGGAAAUAUGACGUGCUUGUAUUUGCGGAAGAUGUUUACAACAUGUUCCAUUUCGGUGAAGGUAAAGCACCUCCCCGCUUGCUCACUUAUGACAAAAGUGACAACCCUGAUUAUAUAGGUUGUGUUCUUUCUAAUGGAACAUUCUCUAAGAUUUUCGCUCCUGGAAUCCGACUUGGCUGGGUAGAGGGUAACAAAUCACUUGUAGAUAUACUGGCGUCCAGCUAUAUGUCAAACACGGCCGGCAGCUAUAACCACUAUACGUCUGUUGUGAUGGGUGCAGCUAUACAGCUAGGUCUCCUGUCGGCACACCUGGACCGCAUCUCUAGUAUAUACAAGACUAGGAUGGGGCUUAUGUGCGAUGCCCUAAACAAGUAUCUCCCAUCCGGCUGUACUUUUCAUCGUCCACAGGGUGGAUUCUUCGUGUGGGUAGUCAUGCCCAAGACUAUUGAUGCCCAAGCAUUACAGAAGAUAGCUAUCGAAAAAUUCCGUGUCGUCUUUAUAGACGGAGAAAGUACCUCCGUGACGGGUAGCUAUAGGAACUGUAUCCGCUUAUCAAUAAGUUUCAGCGAUACAAACCAGAUCGAGGAAGGGGUUCAACGACUCGUCAAAUCCAUGCAGGCCUACAUGGACUCGUCGGAGCAUCAAGCUGUACAAUAA